AUGGCACAACUUUGCUGUGAAAAACUCACGGUCAUACUUCGUAAAAGAUCUAUAGCUGGUUUUUUUGCAGAGGCUUUCAGGGCAUCGAUUUCUUUCAAAAAAUCGCCAUAUGUUGUGUCGAGAAGAAAUGUAAAUCAACUUGUAAGGCGAAAAAUUGCAAGUCAUAAAAAAUUCGUAGCUCAUACCAUAAUUUUGUGCGUACCAUUCAAAUGGACGAAAGUAGUUCUCCCAGAUUUUCCCAGAUUUAAUAAGCUUGAGUUGAAAGCACUUGUGGCGACCGUAGGAGAAGGUAGAACCCGUCAAAGGGAAAAGAGUGGUAAUGUUAAAUUUCUCUCCAGUAAACCGAAUUUUAAGAAAUUACAUUCGCGUGUAAGUUCCUUUGAUAUUAAUCAUAUUCCAAGAGGUGGUGAUAAAAAUUAUAUUUUAAGCCUUACAAAUAUAAAAUUUCGUGUCGGUUCUUUGGAUAAUAUUCAACACGGUGGUGAUGUUAGAAUAUUUGAUGAAAAAUUAAAAUUUAGAGAAUUAUCUACUCCAAAAAUAAUUAAUCAUUCUUCCACCACUUCUAACGUUGAUUCUUCGGUUAUCGCUGAUAAUAGUCCUAUAUCUUCUCUCGCUUUGGAUGAUGUUCCUGAAGAUAAUAAUGAUAGUCCUCCCUCACAUGAGGAAUAUCAGAUUUUAUAUAAUUCUCCUCAUAUGCCUGUUAUCGAAUACUUUCCUGAAAAAGAAACACAUUAUCAACAUGGAAUCAUUUUUGACGAAGUUAACGAUGAAGAAGAUUUUCAAGGAAAUCCUACUUCAAUAAGAGAAUCCACUAUAUUUUUAACUGAGAAUCCUUUAAAUGAUUCUGAUUUAUCUUUUGAAGUAAAUGUUCAAACAAAAUUAUUUUUAUUAUCUAAUGCCCAUAGAAAUUCUAUUUUAAGACAUAAAUCCCGUUUACUUUCGCUCAACAAUACACCAUUUGUGACUUUAAAGAAUCUUCAUCACCAUCAUCGAGGUGCAGCAAACAUUGAUCAGGCUAAGAUACGAUUUACUCGACUUAAUAACUGA